UACCCUGUUUUCGUUUCUUUUCUUUUCUUUUCUUUUCUCGCCACAAUUAAUACUAGUACAGCCGAAGCGUCCAGAAAGGCAUGCUGGGGUGUUUGGUUCUAGGGACUUUUUUGUGUUGGGACUAAAAAAAGUCCCUAAAAUCUCUAUCAAACCAAAUAAGGAAGAACUUUUUUGUGACUUUUUGCUAAAAAUCCUUAGAAGCACCUCUUUGAGAGUCUUUUUCAAAAAGUCCUAAGGACUAGAGAACCAAACACCACCUACAUUCUCCCACGAGAUCUGCCUAUACGCUCCUCCUUAAACAAGCCUGGCUAGGCAAGGGCAAAGUCGGUACAUCACACGUGGGCGUAGUACAUUUGCUGCGAUCUAGCCAGCCUUGGUCUUGGUCACUCGAUCGAAAACAAUUAAGGAGUCUUCCAAAUGCAAGUUAAGCAGUGUAGAAUAGCGCGAACCCUUUCUCCACUACUACCAGGACCACGCACGUACAUCCUCCUAAGUACGUACGUGGUGACUUUGCGUGCGCGAGAGUGACACUGCCCCCUUUCCCACGAUCGAAUUCACUAGCAGCGUUCAGUUCACACGCCGCGUCCCUCACUAUAAGUACGCACCAGUGUGGUGUGGCAGCAAGAUCUCAUCUCAGCAGCAGGGAGCUAUAGCGCGUGGAAAAUGGUCAAGAACCACCCGGGCAGCGGCACUAGCAGGUGCGACGCUGCAGCGGCUAUGGCAGAGAGCGGUGGUGGGGGUGGGACGGCAACGCUGUGCGGCGGCGGGAGUAGGCAGCCGGCGGUGGCGGUGAGGCAGUUCAAGGGGGUGCGGAUGCGGAGCUGGGGGUCGUGGGUGUCGGAGAUCAGGGCGCCGCACCAGAAGCGCCGGAUCUGGCUCGGCUCCUACGCCACCCCGGAGGCCGCCGCGCGCGCCUACGACGCCGCGCUCCUCUGCCUCAAGGGCUCCGACGCCGUCCUCAACUUCCCCUCCUCGUCCUCCGCCUCACCCUCGUCGCCGCAUUCGCUUCCCUCCCCCGCCGACGACUUGUCCCCGAGGUCCAUCCAGCGCGCGGCCGCAGCUGCGGCAGCGGCCUUUGAAGCCACGAGGAUCGUCGCCGGCGUCGUGGACGACAGCUGCUCUUCCAGCGCCGAGGCGACGACGCCGACCUCGGUCUCAGUGUCCACGCUGGGAAGCGCCGACGUCCAGGAGCACACCACGUCUUCGAUGUCCGCCGCGGCCAGCGCUGGCUCGCCGGCGGGAGAUCACGACGAGCUGUGGACGGAGCUGGACGCAUUCGCGUCCCCCAAGCUCAUGGACCUCAUCGCCGCCGGUCACGCCACGCCCUUCUCUUCCACCUGGGAGGAGCCCGAGGAGGACGGCGAGAUGAUGAGGCUGUGGAGCUUCUGCUAGAGUGAUGCAUGUCCCGUCUGCAAUGGAUCGCCAUUGAUAAGCGCAUCCAUGAGUCGAUCGCCAUUGAUCAUUGGUUUUUUCUUUCUCCCAUGGAAGCUAGCUAGGUGCAUGCAUGGAUCCUCUCUACUAGGCUCUAGCUAGGUCUCACUCCAAGUGUGCUUCCAUAGAUUCUUUCGUUCAUUUAGUAAGAACAUAAUACUUAUACAAUAUAUACUACUAUAUGUUUUGUGUGUUUAUUUGGCUAGACGUCAGUAAUACUGCUACUACUACACUGUAUGUCUGUAUGGGUUGAUGCGUGAGACUGGCUGCAUUGGAUACCUGUUGGAUUUGUUCCGUUUCGCUUCAA